CGUUAAUAGGUCACUACUAUACACUGCAUACUUGAUAUUCUACGUGCUACUGCUUCUAGUAUUCACUCUAUGUACGACAUACAUCACGGGAUCCUUCUGACAAAGCAUCACUAUGACCUAAGCACGAGUUCCCCACGCUCCAACAUCAAGAAUGCACGUCAUAGCGACCCCCCUCCAUUCCAACCUAUUCAGGAGGAAACUACUUGCGAGUUACACCAAAGCACGCGUAUGCUGGGAUCCCGCAGUGGGAGCAUUCGGCAACUUGCCGUACCGGUCUUGAUGUACUUGGAACAUGAACUACGUACCUUAUUCCAAAAAAUCAUAAGCUGGUGUAUAAAGAAGGGUGUUCUUCUUGUAGUGUAAGGGUAUACACGAUAACCACCGUUAUACCUUACUAUCUCGUUCAACAUGGCUUCGCAAAUUAGGUCGUCCGGUUACGUACCCCGAGAUUCCGUUCAACUUUUCUACGAACGCGAGGGCAGCAGUGGAGCCAGAAGUAUUCUGUUCGUCCACGGCCUUGGAGGUACCACGAAUACCUUCCAACCGCUGGUUUCCGGUUUGCAAGAUUUCGAUCUAGUUCGCUUCGACUGGGCAGGUCAUGGUCGGAGUUCUCUACCCAAGAGUACAAGCGUUGAGUCAUACUUGGCAGACUGCGAAGCAAUAAUUCGCCACUUAGAAUUGAAAGACAUUCUCGUCGUGGGUCACUCAUUUGGAGGGCUCAUCAGUCUUCACCUUGCAGCGAAGCACCCUGAUAUCGUAAAAGGGGUUGUAGCUUUUGGUCCCGUCAGACCGCCUCCUGAAGCGGGCCAGAAAGCACUUGCUGAUCGUGCCACCGCUGUUCGAAAUCAGGGAAUGGGAGCAGUUGCUGAUGCGGUAGUGUCAAAUGCAUUCUCGCCUAAGUCAUUGGUUAACAAGAAAGGAGAGGUGGCACUGGCUAGAGAGAUGCUGACGAGACAGGACCCGAGAGGGUAUGCUUUGGCUUUGGAUGCUCUGGCAGGAAGUUCGGAGCCUGCGUGGAAGCAGAUUAAGGCCAAUGUUCUAGUUCUUACUGGUGAAGAAGACAAGAUAUCUACAGCUACAGCAGGAGCUGAUAUAGUGAAGGAAAUUAGACCGGGAGCAAAGCGGGUCGUUUUCAAGGACACAGGUCAUUGGCAUACAUUGGAGAGUACGGAGGAGUCAGUCAAGGCUAUAAUUUCGGUCGCGAAGGAUAUUACAUGAUGUCCUAGUGCUUAGAGAAGAUAUGGUGACUCUGGUUGUCCUUUGCUUGGACACUAGUAUUUUAUGCCGAUAGGAUUUAGAAUAUUAGAACCAAUACAUCAUGGCACUGCGCUUCCCUUAUUAGGCC